AUGACAGAGCUAGAGGAAGAUGAUAUCUUCUUGAGGACGGACGACAAAGUCUAUUUUCAGUGCACAAAAACGCAUGAGAAUAAACAAGAUACGACGAAAAUCUGCUUAGCAGCUGGGUCAUUUGGAACGAGAAUUUGCUAUGCUGAGAAAACUCAAUUCAGCCCCGUCGAAGGAGAAAAAGUCGGUCCUCCAAACACCCCUGAAUGCGUUUUUGUUAUCAACCAGGCUCUAUCACUCCGCGCGCUUCACGAAACCUUGACCCAUGCGAAAGAAAACAAACCGCACAAGACAUCAAAAAGUGGAUCCUCCCACGCAAAAACUCUUCUGUACGGAAAUGCUGUGCAGCUGUUGCAUCAAACAUCUGGGCUUUAUUUGUGCGUCCUGCCGACGAGUCAAUGUACAACGGAUAAAUUGGCUUUCGACGUGGGCCUGGGCGACAAUCCGAAUGACGAAGCUGCUUGGUGGACUGUUUCUUGCGCGUCGAAGAACAGAUCUGAGGGUGAAAAAGUCCGGGUCUCCGAUGACAUCAUUUUAUCCUCCGUUUCUUCCGAGCGAUAUCUCCACUUGAGCAACAAAAAUGACGUUAAAGUCAUCGAAGACGAGAUUCCCAUCACCGACGAGCAUGGCAACGAGACCGGCGAGGUCGAGAAAAUGAACCGAGAAGUAAAACUAGAAAACUACCUUGCCCAUGCGAGUUUCCAGCGAUCUCUUUGGAUGAUCGGCCCGAUUCAGAGCGAAGUGAAGCAGGGAUUCGUUUGUGGAGGCGAUGUACUGAGGCUCUUUCACGGUCGAAAUUCGGACGACUGCUUGUGUAAUUUGGAUGUCAACGAUGUCAACAUUGACCCAAUCCGGACUGCGAUCUAUUACGAAGGAGGCAAGGUGUCUAUCCGAGCGCGCUCACUUUGGCGUGUUGAACUUACCAAGAUCAAGUGGUUCGGAAGCCAUCUUCAUUUUGGCCAACAAUUCAGGCUGAGACACAUGACAACUGGAAAGUUUUUGAUGAUGCGAGCGGACAGAAAUCUCUUUAUUGCGGAAAAGGAUGAGCAUGAUUGGACAGAUGAAGCGUCAAUUUUCUGUUUCCGUCAGAACAAGGACAAGAUCGAAGUGACAGGCGAAUAUGAACCUGAAUCGAUGGGCACGGAAGAGAUUAAAUACUCCGAAUCGCUAGUCGUCCUUCAGCACUGUUCCAGUGGACUCUGGGUCACCUACCAGGCCCAGGAAAACUCGGCGAAGAUUGGCAAGCAAAUUCGUCGAGCGAUUGCUCAUCCAGAAGGUCACAUGGACGAUGCAUUCGCUGUUGGAAGAUCUCAAAGCAAUGAAGCGAAGACAGCCAUGGUCAUGCUGACGACUGUCACAACGAUCAAAAUGUUCUUGACACACAUGAUCAAGAAUUUCCAAAAGAUCAAGGACCUCAAAACCGCCGCCAACGCCGUUCAUUUUGUUCCAAAAGGAAAGGCUAAUCUAGAGGUGCCAUUGGACGAUAUGGAACUUCUGAUCCAAGACUGCUUGGCUUACUUCAACCCCGACGAGGGAGAAACUGACGAAGAAAAGCAGCAAAUCGAACGACUCCAAAGAUGCCAACAGGAUCUAUUUCAAGCGGAAGGCAUCGUUGAUUUGCUCUUGAAAGUUAUUGAUAAGCUGACCGUUUACACAGCCACGCAGCAUCUGCAGUACCUGCACAAAGAUCAAGUCGAGCGACUUGAACUUCUUUUGGUCAAUGUUUACAAACUUCUCGCCGGAAUCAUCCGCAAAAAUCGAGCAAACUGCGCAAAGUUCUCAAAAAAUCUCGACUGGCUCAUUGGUCAGCUUGAUGCCAGACAAAACGCUUCAGCUGGUAUUCUCGCAGUUCUUUCAGCGGUCCUCGAUGAUUCGACAGAAGUUCUCAACAUGGUCAAAGAGCGCCACAUUGUGUCCAUCAUUUCCCUUCUCGAGCGUCACGGACGAAACCCGCUUGUCCUCGACGUUCUUCAAUCGCUAUGUGUGUGUAACAACAUCGCUGUUCGUUCCAAUCAAAAUCUCAUUUGCAAUCAUCUUCUUUCCGAUCGAAAUCUCCUUCUCCAAACAACAAUGGUCAACCAAAUCGUUUCAAUUCGACCGAACUUAUUCGUUGGCUAUGGAGAGCGCUCAGCUCAGUACCGAAAGUGGUAUUUUGAAGUUUUGGUAAUGCAAAUGGACGAAUGUUCUCUGAACCAAGCUACUCAUCUUCGAGUUGGUUGGGCAAAUACCUCUGGCUUCGCUGCCUAUCCCGGCGCUGGAGAUGGAUUUGGAACAUGCGGCGUUGGAGAUGACCUGUACUCUUUCGGUUUCGACGGAUUGAGCCUAUGGACUGGACAUCGAUCGAAAUACAUCAAACAAGACAAAGUCGAGCUCUUCAAGAAAGGGGAUAUCAUCUCUUGCUGUCUUGAUUUAUCAGCGCCGUCAAUGUCUUUCCGAAAGAACGGAAAGCCCGUUCACGGUAUGUUCGAGCGAUUCAACCUUGAAGGGAUGUUCUUUCCCUGCGUUUCGAUGAGCUCGGGUGUCGUUGUCAAAUUCCUCCUUGGUGGAAAACACGGUGAAUUUACAUUCAUGCCACCACCAGGAUACGCGCCUGCUCAUGAAGCUCUCCUCCCUGAGAGAACUUUGACUGUCGAAACAGUCCGUGGCCACUAUGGAGUCAACGAAAACUGGAAUCUGAAUGGACCGGCAAAAACGUUGGACCAAGCAGUUUAUACGCCGGAUCCGAUCGACACUAAAAACACAGAGCUACCAAAGGCGCUAGAACCUAUGCUCGACAAAAUUGCCGAAAAUCUUCAUGAAAUUUGGGCUUUCAAUCGAAUCCAGGGUGGUUGGACUUUUGCGCUUGUACGAGAUGAUCAAAAGAAGCAAAAUCCGUCUCUUACUUCAUUCGAGCGUCUUCCAGAAAGCUUGAGAUCUUUCAACAUGACCAUGGUCGAGCAAAACUUGCGAACCAUCAUCGCACUCGGCUAUCACGUCGGCCUUGCUGAUGAAGAUGCUGAGUACAAAUUACGCAAGCUCAAGCUUCCAAGACAGUAUUUGAUGACAAAUGGUUACAAACCGGCGCCACUGGACUUGACUCACGUUCGACAAAGCGACAAAAUGGAGCAGCUUGUGGAACUACUCGCGACAAAUUCCCACAAUGUCUGGGCAUCCGAACGAAUCAAACAAGGAUGGACUUACGGUUUCGAACUUGAUGUCAAAAACAAACGCAACUUUCGACUUGUGCCAUUCGCCUUGCUUGAUGAAAAUGCAAAACAAACUAACAAGAACUCAAUCCGUGAGCUCGUUAUUACUUUGAUGGGCUACGGAUAUGCAAUCGAAGCUCCAGAUGAGCGGAUGACAACUUUAACGAAGAAAGACGACGAGCACAGCGACAAUCCUCGCUUUCGAAUGUUCCGCAUCGAGUCUGCUUAUGCUGUUCGAUCUGGCAAGUGGUACUUCGAAUUCGAAGUCCAAACCGAUGGCGAGAUGAGAGUUGGUUGGGCAGCCCCUGAAGUGAAAGCUGACCAGCCAAUUGGCUUGGACGACUUGAGCUACACUUUCGAUGGUUUCAACGCGGCCAAAUGGCAUAACGGCCAAGAAGCGUACGGUAAACGAUGGAGAGUCGGCGAUGUCAUCGGCUGUCUACUCGAUUUUGAUGAAGGAUUUAUCUCAUUUUCUCUCAAUGGAGAACUGAUGAUUGACAACCAAGGCGCAGAACUCGCCUUCAACAACAUCCCUGAUGACAUUGAACUCGUACCAGUCGCAUAUUUUGACGAAGGUCAGCAUGGAAUCCUCAAUCUUGGCAAAAAACCUGAGACUUUUAAAUUCUUUCAAAUGUAUGGUGUUCAGGAGGGUUUCAAGCCGUAUUGUCACCAGAUCAGCUAUCCACUCCCGAUUUGGUACACGAAGUCACUCCCAAGUUUUUCUCCAAUCUAUGAGCAUGACCAGCUGAGAACUAUCAGAAUUCAAGCAGGAAUCACGACACCACCAAUUCUCCGACUUCAAUACAAAUCCUUUUCUUCUUCAUCUUCAAGAGUCGUUGACAUGCCGAACUUUAUUUACUCACGACUUUCGAUGCCAGUUCGAAUCUUGGAGGAGCGUGAGAAGGAAGAAAAACAAGCAAAACCGAAAACUUCUCUUGGACUGAAGCAACUCCUCAAUCGCCGGGGAAAGAAAGAAGAAGAAGAAGCUGAGCUAUUGCUAGCGGCAGGAGCAUCUCAAAAACACAAUCGAUUGAAGAUGGAUGUGUUGCCUUCAAUGACUUACAAUUUGGGCGACUACGAGCAUCAAAAUCUCUUGGCUGGUAGCCGUUACGUCUUCUCUGUCAAAGUCUUCCCCGGUCAAGAAGCUAAUAAUGUGUGGAUUGGCUGGGUAACACCAGAAUACCAUUCCAUGAAUCCAUCCAUAUUUGACGAUCGUCAUCAUAUCAAGACUGUGACGAUGACAUUUGGUACUGAACGUGGUGAGAUCAAGGAAACCAUCUGCCGAAGCAAUGCUUUUCUUAUCAACGCCGGGAUGGCAUUAUCCUCCCAGAAAAGCGAUAAAGAUAUGAACGCGGGCUCGACAAGCGGUGGUACUAUUAUCUCGUGCAUUGUGGAUGUCUCCAGUGGAUUACUCAAGUUCCGCGCAGGGGAUAAAGAGCUUGAUAUUGUUUAUCAAGUUGAGGCAAUGACCCAACUUUAUCCUGCGUGCUUCUUCAAACCGAGCACAUACAAUUGCAUUCAAUACGAGCUCGGACGAACAAAGAAGGAAAUGCCGAUCUCCGCAGCUAUGCUCAAGGCUGACAGGCAAAAUGUAGAGCCAAGUUGUGCUCCUAGACUCCAGGUCCAAAAAAUGCAGGCAGUCAACUGGGCCAGAAUGCCUCAGGAUUGUCUGACUCCAAUCAUUUCGAGAAAUAAGAAAAUCCGUGAUGGAUGGAAGGUCCAAAUUGAGAAGCCAAUGCAGUUUUGCGCUGUCUUUCUUCCCGAAGAAAACCGCUCUGUGGAUAUUCUAGAGCUGACUGAGCAUCCUUCUCUUCUUGAAUUUCAUUUAUCGACGCUGAAUUUAUACAAAGCGAUGUGUGCACUUGGAAACUUUAGAGUCGCACAUGCGCUUUGCAGUUACAUCGAUCAGCAACAGUUCCUGUAUUGCAUCAAGUCAUCUUAUCUUGAUGGAAGGCUUCGGGAAGUUUACCACGAUCUUUUGAUCGAUAUCCAUCUUGGUGCUCAUGCGAAUUCACGAGAGCAUACUCAAGGAGAAUUUAUCAUUCCGCUGACCGAAGAAACCAAGCAAGUCGCCUUGUAUGAAGAUCCAGAAGUCAAAGACCCUGGACUUCCCGGAAUGGGUCGAUUCACUUCGCUUCGACCAGAUAUGCGAUGGAAAACAGCUAACUUUGUCGUCCCAGUGCAGCAAUAUUACACAGAAGUACCAGCGUUCCCACUUGAUCUUCUCAAGCAUCACGUGAUUGAAAACUUGAUCAAUGCUGUUUCAUCCCAAACAUCGCCUUACAAAAUGUACGCUGGUGGAACUCAGGAACAUUUGUUCGUCCCGCUGCUCAAAGUGUGUGACAAACUUCUUCUGAUGCAAAUCUUUGACGAUGAAGACCUGGAAAAACUGCUUACAAUCAUCCAUUCCCGCUAUCUCGGAUCAAAAGUGGAAGGAUACGAAGAAUUGAAAUACAGAGUUGGAGAAGGAUUGCUACAAAUGCGUCUUUGUGAAUCUAUCAAACUUGCACUUUGUUCUCUGCUUCACCAUCUUUGCGACUACCAGCUGAGACAUAGAAUCGAAUCGCUUGUUUCCUUUGCUCAUGUCCUCGCGGGAGAAAUGCAGAAGAAUCAGCGCGAAAGAUACGAUGAGGUGAUGCACUCCAUCAAUAUGUCUGCAGCAAUGACCGCCAAGAUGACGAAAGAAUUCCGAUCGAGUCCAUACGAUCAAGCUGCGACAAUCAUUCGCUUCAAAAGCGAGGAUGACGAACUCGACAGUCCUUGCCCAACGAACAUUCGCCAUAUGAUGUGGAACUUCCACAAUGACUUGAUGAUGCACUGCGGCGAAUCGAUCCCAGAACAAGACGAAGAGCUCGAAGAUAAUUCGAUGGUCAACAAGAUAAAGCGAAUGGGUAAAGCUCUUUACAACUGCUUCAGCCCGAAGAAAGAAGAACUCGACGAUCUUGAAAUGGUCAAUAUUCCGAUUCACAAUCUGCAGCAGCUCAUCGCUGUGACAGCGGUUCACUGGGCGGAAGAAGCGGUAAUCGAGAACCCGAUUCUUGUGCGUGAGAUUUUUGCUCUUCUUCAUCGACAGCACGAUUGCGUUAGAGAGCUUUGCCGAGCUCUAGAGAAGACUUACUGCAUUUCUGAAAUCUCCAAAAACGACACGAUGGAGCUGAUUUCUGAUCUUUCUCACAUCCGCUCUUUCCUCGCAGUUCAAAUGGGAAAAGAAGAAGAAACAAUGAUCACCCAAGAUCUGAGUCGAAUCAUGAACAACUGCGUUUUCUACCAACAUCCGAAUCUGAUGCGUGCACUUGAUAUGCACACUACUGUGAUGGACAUUAUGGUCAAUGUUCUUGGAGCAUCUGCUGAAGUUGGAAAGCAAGUUUCGACCGCGGAAGUUCAGUUCCCGAAGAUUGUCGCUGUGUGCAGUAGAUUUUUGGGAUACUUCUGCAGAAUCUCGAGAGUCAAUCAAAAAGCGAUGUUUGAGCACUUGUCUUUCCUGCUUGAUCAUUCAACCUUCGGUCUUGAUACGCCAUCAAUGCGUGGAUGCACUCCACUAGAUGUUGCUGCUGCAUCACUCGUAGACAACAACGAGCUUUCUUUGCAAAUCAAAGAAACUCAUGUCGAACUUGUUAUCAAAUAUCUUCGAACUUGUGGUCUUCAAUCUUCUCAAACUCUUCUAGAGCGAAACUACCCUGACAUUGGUUGGAAUCCCCUCGAAGGAGAGAGAUACCUUGAUUUCUUGAAGCAAGUCGUCUUUGUAUCCGGUGAAUCGGUUGAAGAAAAUGCUAACUUGGUCGUCAGACAUCUCAUUCGAAAACCUGAAUGCCUUGGUCCAGCAUUGCGAGGAGAAGGUGGCCAAGGUUUGCUCGCUGCGAUGCGGGAAGCGAUGGAGAUCUCGAAAGAUCCAAGCCGAGACACAGCAAAUAUCGACGCAAAGAGGAAAAUCUACCAAGAUGAAGAAAAUGACGACGAGGAAGAAAUCCAUCUUGGCUACUGUAUCCUUUCCUUCUAUUCGUCACUUAUUGAUCUUCUUGGCCGAUGUGCGCCGGAACAAACGCUGAUUUUGCAGAACAAAUCAGAAGCGCUGCGAAUCCGCUCUAUCUUACAAUCUCUUGUUCCGCUUGAAGAUCUUGUCGGUGUCAUCUCACUUCCAUUCGACUUGCCUAGAGUAGAACCAAUCACGGAAACUGUUAUUCAGCCAAUGAUGAAUUCUUGCUUCGCGCCUGAACACAAAGCCGCAAUGCUGCUCUUCCUGGAUCGAGUUUAUGGAAUUGACGAUGUUGAUUUCUUACUGAGAAUUCUCGAAGACGGAUUUUUGAACGACAUCCGAGCAGCUGCACAGCUUGAUACUCAACAACUUCAUGUUACUGACAUGGCGUUAGCUCUCAACCGUUAUGUUUGUUCGUCCAUUCUUCCAAUUAUCACCAAGCAUGUUCAUCUUCUCGCAAAAGCAGAGCACCGAGAUCAACUCAUUGACUCUGCGCUUCAUGCAAUUUACCGACUUUCGCAAGGUCGAGCGAUGACAAAAGCGCAAAAAGACUUCAUCUCCGAGUGUCUCUGCGCUAUUGCGGGAGUCAUCAAGCCUAUCUUGAUGCACAAUCUUCUCAGAAAACUGACUUUUGACAUUCCAAGUUUAUCUCAACACGUUGUUGUACCGAUUCGAAUGCUGACUCUUCAUUUCGAGCGCUCUUGGCAGUACUAUUGCUGCCCAGAUGGAUGGGGCGAAAAUGGCGUUGCAUCCGAUGAAGAGCGCCAUCUCACGAUGAGGCUCUUCUGGGGUCUCUUCGAAGCUCUCGUGAAGAAUUUCGAUCCUAACAUGGUUAAAUGGGCGCUUCCAUGCCUGUGCGCGAUCGGAAACGCUCUGCCACCAGAUUAUGCAGUUCCGAGUCUCGCAGACGACGGAGCAAGAGAGUGUCAAUUGGACAAAAAUGGCAACUACGAUCCAAAGCCGAUAAACACUUCCGGCCAGCGAAUUGAUCAUCGAUGCGACGAGUUCAUCGAACGAUACAGUGAGCACCUUCACGAUAUUUGGGCUUCAGAAAGAAUGGCAAACGGCUGGAGAUACGAUCCUAUGUUCAACGAUCAGACGAAGGAACAUCCUCUUAUCAAGCCGUAUGGAAACUUCACAGAUCGCGAAAAGGACGUCUAUCGAACGAACAUUCGCGAGGCUAUUCGAGCCCUACAAGUUUGGGGAUGGAGAGUCGACCGCCGAGGUAUGCAUAGUGGCAGUGGAGGACCAGCAGAAUUUGGAAGACGACCAUCAAUGUCAUCCAAGCCUGAUUACGUGGUCGAUUCCAGCAAGGGAUACACACCAAAACCCACUGAUUUGUCCGGAAUCACCCUCACUCGGGAAUUCACGGCGAUUGCCGAUUCUAUGGCGGAGAACUUCCAUAACAUCUGGGCGAAAAAGAAGAAAAUCGAACUUGAGGAGAACGGAAAAUCUCAUCCCAUGUUCGUUCCUUACGAUACGCUAACUGCCAAAGAAAAGGAAAAGUAUCGAAACAAGGCCUACGAUAUGCUCCGUUUUAUUCAAUUCUCCGGAUUUGUGUUGAAUAAAGCAAGUAAUGAUGAUAGCUACGACGCAAGAACAUCUCAAGAACGUCGAUUCUCGUUCAUUUUGCUUCACCGAUUGCUGGAAUUCUUGGAACUAGCGCGAAACUACGUAGAAGAACUCAUGGUCGCCAUUACUGAUCAUCGUCAAAAUCAGCACACGCAAAUCCAAGCUAUCAAAAACAACGAAACAGACAUGGAAAUUGAGCUCGGCGACACUCUUCAUUUCACUUCUGAUUCUGUGAAAUUCUUUGCCAAAGUCGUUUUACCACUUAUCCAAAGUUACUUCAAAGCUCAUCAGCAUUAUUACGUCACACCAAAGAGUGCAAAAAAUGUCGGCAUCAGUGCCUGCAACAAGGAAAAAGAGAUGAUCGUCACUCUAUUCUGUGCUCUCGCGGCUCUUAUGCGACGAAAAGUAAAUUUCUUUGGUGAAGAUGCUGAAGUUACGGUAGACUGCUUGACGAACCUGACGAGAUGUAUCGACGCUGCGACUGUCAUCAAAAUGGGUCCUGACCACGUCAAGUCCCUCCUUGUCGUGUUUUUCAACGAUGCAGCUGUUGACAUCGAGCUUGUUUUAGAUUCAAUAAGGAUCUGGCAUCUCGACAAGAAGUCCGUCGCCCUUAGAGCUGCUCACUGCUGGCAGUACGCAACGCAAGCGCUGAUUCCAAUCCUGACAAAAUUCUUCAAUCAUGUCGGUGACAACGAGUUCGGGCGAGACUUGCUAAUUGAAGAAAUGCAAGUCGCUUGCUAUAAAAUUCUCAACGCUCUUUAUCCUCUUGGAACUGCCAAGAAUCAUUUUAUCCCGCAUUUGAAGACUAAAAAAGUGCCGGAAGAUGUGAUUGAAACGAUGGAAGAUCUUCUAGAAAGGAACCGAUCAGCUUUUGGAGAAUGCCUCGCUGCUCUGGCAAACUGUUUCCCUGUUGCCUUCCUCGAACCAAGGCUGAAUCGAUACAACACUGUUUCCGUCUACAACGCGCUUUCAAUCAAAGAUCGACAGGUCCUCGGUCUGCCAACGCGAAUUGAGCAGCUUGCCCCGAAUCUUCCGACAUUGAAGAUUCUGCUGAGAGAUAUUGAAGAUUUAGCAGUCUCUGGAGCUCGAUACGAUGAUGCACCUGAAAUGAUCGAUGUCAUUUUGCCCGUGAUUUGCUCCUACGUACCCAACUGGCUCGAAGAAGGGCCAGAGGGGAAGCCAGAACAGCCAAAUCACUGCACAGAAAUAGGCAUCAAACAUGCAAACGAUACCCUUGGAAACGUCCUCCGAUUAAUUUACAACAACCUCGGAACUGAAGAAGCCCAGUGGAUGAAAUCCAUCGCCAAUUACACUCAACCUCUUAUGGCGAAGUGCGGUUCUGACCUGCUCUAUUCUCACUUCCUGCCGAUUUUAGAAAAGACUCUCAAGAAAAUCGAACGAACAGCUGCAAUCGAGGAAGACAUCAAAAGCGAUCAGAAAAUUGCCGUUGGAGACGUUUCCGAUCUUGAAAUGAUGAUGCUUGAAGACUUUGGUUUUAUCUCGCGAGAUAUUUACGCCUUCUACCCACUUUUGGUUAGAUUUAUUGACAAGAAUAAGAUGGAUUGGAUCGCGACAAAGAAUCCAGAAGCCGAAAGUCUGUUUUGGAAGGUUUCAGAAAUCUUUGUCGCUUGGGCGAAAUCCGUCAAUUUCCGUCGAGAAGAGCAAAAUUAUGUCGUUCAAAAUGACAUUGACAACAUGGCUGUUAUCACAUCCGACAUCACUGCUCACAAACUUAGACGACAUCGAGAAAAGCUCAAGCGUCGUGGAGAAAUCUACUCUUGGGGAACUUCUUUGAUUUGCGUUGCACCAAAGCGGCUGUUGCCUGUUGGACGCAAAGAUUCGACUUUUGAAAAAGAAUCUGAAGCAAAUGUCAUGUAUCACAUCAAAGAAGAGCUCGAAUACAUGGAACUGGAGGAUGAGUACGAGUUCUCCGGCGACGAUCUGGACAAGCGAGCUGAAAUCAUUUUCCGUCUUGCGAGAAUCCACUGCCAUCUUUACAAGAUCGAGCAUCCGGAGGACAAGGGACGCGCUGUUUGGGAGAAACUCAUGUCGAAAUCAAGGAAGAAAGCAGUUGUUAGCUGCUUCAGAAUGACACCACUGUACAAUAUGCCUGCUCACAAGGUCAUCAAUGUCUUCAUCAAAUCCUACAACAACCUUUGGCUUGCAACGGAAGAAAGAGAUUUUGCUAAUGCACUUAUUACCGCAUUGACGAAGCCGCAAAAGACGAUUGGGCAGGAAGAAACUAAACCAGAUGACCCGCCUAAAGCGCUGAGCGAUCCUCUUUUCCAAAUCAUUCAGGUGUUCAAAAAGAAUGCCGUUCAAACCCCAGCAAAUGAAAACAUUGAAGCAGAUCCUCUCUACCUUCAUUACGCGGAGCUUAUGGCUCGAUCUAUUGGACCUUCAGAGCUCGAAGGCGGAGAAGAUCAGGAAGAAGAUGAUGAAGAGGAGGAAGAUGACGGAAACUUUGAAGACAAGGAAGUCGAAAAGCAGAACUUGCUCUUUUGUCAAAGUCGUCUCCACGAAAGAGGAGCUGCGGAGAUGGUUCUUCUAGUGAUUAGUGCGUCGAAUGGAAAAUUAUGUGACAUGGUUGUGGCAUCACUUGAUUUGGGUAUUUCCCUGCUUCAAGGUGGAAACGAGACAGUUCAAAGAAAGAUGCUUGUUCACCUUCAGGAAAAACGCGAUUCCAAAUUCUUCACAUCCCUACAAGCUCUCAUGCAACUCUGCAACGUUCUUGAUCUUGACGCUUACGAACGAUCUAUCAAAGCUGAAACGCUUGGCUCUCAGCAAGCCUCCCUCGAAGAUGCUGAGAACAAAGGAGCUUCGAAGAUAGAACCUUACGUCAUUGAUAAUGAUGAGCCAGGUGGCCAGCAAACAAAGUUCACAAUCAUGCUCUUUCGAUUCCUCCAGCUUCUCUGCGAAGGUCACAAUGAAGACUUCCAAAACUACCUAAGAACACAAGUCGGCAACAACAUUUCAAUCAACAUCGUCAUUUCAACCGUCGAUUACCUCCUUCGCCUGCAAGAAUCAGUGUCUGAUUUCUACUGGUACUACAGUAGCAAGGACCAAAUUGACGACCAAGGAAAGGAGCACUUCUCAUCAGCGAUUGAAAUGGCUAAACAAGUUUUCAACUCGCUGACUGAAUACAUUCAAGGGCCUUGUUUCUUGAAUCAAAAUUCACUUGCUCAUUCGCGUCUUUGGGAUGCUGUCGUUGGUUUUUGGCAUGUUUUCGCGCAACUUCAAUCAAAGCUCUCAAAGGACUCUGGGAACUCUCUUAAUCUUCUAUCAGCCCUUCUGGAUUUGCAGCAAGAUAUGAUCGUUAUGCUACUGUCCAUGCUUGAAGGAAACAUUGUCAACGGAAACAUUGGUCGCCAAUUGCUUGAUACUCUCAUUGAAGCUCAACAAGACGUUGGCCUCAUCAUCAAGUAUUUCACCAUGUUUUUGAAGCUCUCCGAAGUUGUUGAAACUGAGAAAUUUAAAGAAAUCGACCAAGAAGGCAAAGGCAUCAUUACAAAGCGCGAGUUCCACAAACAACUGGAAUCAGCAAAGAACUACGACCCAGAGGAGAUCGAAUAUGUACUCAAGUGCAUCCAGCCCGAUGAAAAUGACAAGUUCAACUACAAAGAUUUCGUCGAUCAAUUCCACAAGCCAGCUGAAGAAAUUGGCUUCAAUUUCGCACUUUUGCUGACUAGUCUUCACGAGCACAGUACAAAUGACAAUCGAUUGGAUAAGUUCCUUGAUAUCGGCAAAGAGCUUUUGGACUAUUUUGAAUCGAAUUUGGGACGCAUUGAAAUUCUCGGAAAAUCAAAGAGAAUCGAGCGUAUCUACUUCAAUAUCCAGCAAAGCUCUCUUGAACAGUGGGAAAAGCCACAGAUUCGAGAUUCGAAACGAGCAUUUAUUUUCGAUGUCAUCGCCGAAGGUGGCGAAAACGGAAAGAUGGAGGAAUUCGUCAGCUUCUGUGAAAAUACGAUUUUCGAGAUGCAACUUGCAGCGUCAAUUUCUCAAGAAGGCGAUGAAGAUGGCGAUGAAAACCAAGAUCAAGGCGAGAAUGAAGAUGAAGAGCACGAGAUCCAGCGCCACAGCUUUUGGGACUCUGUCAAACAUCAGUUCAACACGAUUAUUGGAAACAUAGCCUAUGUUUUCACGGCAAAAUUCUUCAGAAAAGCGUUCAGAACGCUGCGGCAUACGACUUUGCGCGAUUUUGUCAUAUUUAUUUUCAUCGUCAUUUAUCGAGCAAUAAAGCUAUUCGGAAGGAUGCUUGCAAGUGUUGGCAAGUUUGUUGGAGAGUGGCUCAUUUUCUACCUUUUCUCUGGUUGUCUGAUUGAAAUGAUGAAGGAAAACACCAUCACUGGUGUGAUUGAGGCCAUUCCAGAGCCAACUCAAGAUGGCAUUGGCACUAGACACGAGGAUGAUGUCGAGGAUGACGAAGAAGAGGAAGAAGAAGAGGAGGAGGAAAUUGAGGAAGAAUCCACUCCGGUCAUUGGCCAGGCACUUGGCCUUACCUUCAAGUCUGAUGGCACGGCCGCCUUCACUACUUAUGUCGAAGAUAAGUCCUGGAAAGGAUUCGGCGACCAAGACUUCGACGAAGCAGCCCGCAACCUCGGCAUGGAGUACGACGAAGCUGCAUUCAAUCAGCAAGUCGAAGCUCAAGCUCUUCGUGCUCGACAGCGACGAAAUUCAGAAAUUGGCUCUUCUAAGAAGCUCAAAUCGAAAGACAAGAAGAGUUCUUCGAGCAGACUUGAUUCUGAAUCUGGAACUUGGCAGACGUACCGUGAGCCUUGCCCUCGACCGCUUAAAUAUACCAGCAUCGAAGAAACGAAAGAAGAGGUUUCUCCCUGGAAGCUCCGAUUCCAGGCUUUCUCGACUGCAUUUCUGGCGUUUUUCGCUCGAAAUUACUACAACUUCAAAUCUGCAGCUUUGAUCAUCUCUUUCUUACUCAACAUCAUUCUUCUCUCUCUUCGCUGGGAGUCCGAAGACGAGCUGGCUGAGGACGAACAUGUCAUAGCUGAAUCAGAAGUUUUCGAAGGAAAUCUGGACGAUCAAGAAUUCGGGGAUGAAAGCAAUGAAGUCCUUGUCUUCUCUGAUUGGAUGUUUGAAAAUGUCAAUGAAGUUUUCAACUGGUGCGCGUUCUUACACACGAUUCUAUCGCUUGCCAAGCUUGUUUCUUACUACGAGUUGAAAGUGCCUCUUUUGAUCUUCAAGCGCGAGAAGGACAUCUCCAGGAAGCUAGAAUUUGAAGGUCUGUACAUUUCUUGUCAGCCUGACGAAGACGAUUUUACAUCAAUGUGGGACCGGUUGGUCAUCUCCUGCCCACACUUUCCAAUGUGCUACUGGGACAAGUUCGUCAAAAAGAAGGUCUUGGAGAAGUAUGGCGGUCAAUUUGAACGAGAUACUGUCUCUGAGCUACUGGGCUUGGACACUUCCGUCAAUUUGAAUAUCUCUCCAAAAGAGCGACAAGAAGCUGAAAACGCAGAAAAUCAAAAUAAGGGGCCACUAGCGUUUAUUACUGAUCACGACUGGCGAUAUGGUCUCUGGAAGACUGGAGUUGUCUUGACUGACAGAACGUUCCUGUAUCUACUUGGAUACACGGCUUUCUCUUUCGCCGGUCAUUUCAAUAGAUUCUUCUACGCUGCUUCCUUGCUCGAUGUUGCUUUUGAUGUCAAAUCACUCCAGACAAUCAUGGCCUCUGUCACUCACAACGGAAAACAGUUCAUGCUCACUGUCGGUCUUCUUGUUUGUGUGAUUUACUUGUACACUGUUGUUGCAUUCAACUUCUUCCGGGACUACUACAACAAGGGUGAAGAUGGGGAGGACGAUUGGAAGUGUCAAGACAUGCUCUCUUGCUUCAAUUUCCAUCUUUACGCCGGUCUGCGAGCAGGCGGUGGUAUUGGUGACGAAAUGGACCCACCAGGAGAUGAUGACUUCCUCGCUCGAUUUGCUUUUGACAUCACAUUCUUCUUCUUCAUCAUCGUCAUCAUUCUUGCUAUCAUUCAGGGUUUGAUCAUUGACGCUUUUGGAGAACUUCGAGAUCAACAAGAACAAGUCAAGGACGAUAUGGAAUCAAAGUGCUUUAUCUGUACUUUGGGAAAAGAUUUCUUCGAUCAAGUCCCCCACGGUUUCGAUACGCAUACGAUGCAAGAGCACAACUUAGCUAAUUAUCUAUUCUUUAUUAUGCACCUGAUCAACAAGGACAAAACCGAGUACACUGGACAAGAAUCAUACGUUUGGAACCUUUAUCAAGAGCGCUGUUGGGAUUUCUUCCCGGUGGGUGACUGCUUCCGAAAACAGAAUCAAGAAAAAGGCUUCGAAUAA